AUGACUAAGCUAACCUUCCAUGGUAACAUUGUUUCCCAGCCAGUCAGAACUACUCUCUGGACCUUAAGAACUUUGGGUCUCGAGCAUGACUACAAGCAUGUUGAGCUCUUUAAAGACACUAGAAGUGAAGAAUUCACUUCGAAAGUGAAUGUCUUCGGACAGGUUCCAGCUCUGGAUGUUGAUGGCACUCUGAUUAGUCAAAGUAACACUAUUAUCAGAUACCUUGCAAACGAACACGAUAAGGAUGGCAUUAUUCUUCCAACAGGCGAUCAUCUUGAAAGAGCCCAGGCUGAAGAGAUCUUGGAUAUUGCUGCUACUAGUGUGAGAUUCAAUAUGCUCAAAGCUAUUGGCCCUAUUGCUAUUGGUCCACUGUUCUUGGGAAGAGAAAAGAUAUCAGAGGAGGAAGAGAAGAAAUUGAUAGAAGAAGUUCAAGCAACCUUUGGCAAACUGAAUACUAAGCUUGGAGAUAAGACUUACUUUACUGGUGACAAACUGACAGCUGGAGACGUCCAUAUCUUUAAUGAAAUCCAGACAGCUACUGCUUUACUUAAGAUUGAUCUUUCUGAUCAUUCUCAGCUAAACACUUGGUAUGAGAAAGUAGGACAAAACGAGGUAGUUGCAGAACUAAGCAAAGAGAUGUUCGAAGCCUUCGCUGCUCUUAGCAAAUAAUUUGCCUAAUCAUGAAUA